CACCCCCGGUUGCCUAGUCUUCAAAUUUACAGGCAUUACGCACGCUUUUUGAGAGAGCCAGGAUGUGCCACACGUACCUUUAGAAGGCUCAUCAGGUCCACCAACGGAAAACUUUUUAGUCGUCCUUCAGCAGUACCAGCACGGCAACAAUGAAGGGCACCAUCGCCGUUUUCCUGGCGUUGGCAAUUUCAACUCUUGGCAUGCCCAAGAAAGACAGCAAAUCUGGAAAGUUCAUCGAUUUUGACAUCGACCCAGAGGUUGAGGAACAAGCGUCGCUUGGUGAGCAAACUAGGAAGGAUUUGAAGCAAGUUUCCGGAAUAAUGUUGGAGCAAGUCGGAUUUCCCUUCCUUUCGUGGCCAGCAGGAGACUUUUUAAAAGACGCGGCAAAGACGAUCUUUGGACUAGGAAGGAGAGAUAAAUCGGAUCAGGGAGACAAGCCUGUCGGAGACGAGGAAGUUGAUUCAAAUCAGACUCCUAAACAAGAAGAAUUAAGCAAAGUGAAGAGGGCGAAAUUAAAAAAUGCUUGAUUUGUAACUAAAUUGAAUAAAAUUGCAAGCA